CUACGCGCUGCUGCUGUCGGAGGCUUCUCGGAAAUUAUCGAGAGGCUGUACGAAGCUGGGGCAGACGUCAACGCGCACCUUGGGGAUCUUGGUAGUCCACUCCAAUCGGCUACUUUCUGCGGCCAGAAGGAGGCUGUUCAAACACUGAUAAAACUUGGUGCUAAGCCCAAUGAGGGUGGUUCCUUCUUCAGACCCGGUGGGACCGUCGGUAGCUCUGUGCAAGCAGCCGCUAUGAGCGGCGAUACAGAUCUUGUCCAGCUUCUAAUCGAUCAAGGAGCGGACAUAAAUUGCAAUGACGGCUGGCUUGGCAAUCCACUGCAAGCUGCCGCCUUUCGUGGUCAUACUGGUGCGUUGAGAUUGCUAAUUGCGAGGGGAGCUAGAGUAAAUAAAGAGGGUGGGUUCUUUGGGACAGCUCUACAGGCUGCUGCGUCUCAAGGGCAUCUCGAAGCUGUAAAUGCUCUCCUUGAGAAUGGCGCUGACCCCAAUGCUACUGCAAGAGGACACUACGGAACAGCUCUCGCUGCGGCG